CAAAUCUAGUUAUCCUAUCCCCAUCUUAAAUUCUAUAUUUCUAUCAUGGUAUCAGAGUCAGUUUUAGCCCACUUCCUUUGCUAAGGUGUCCAAUUAGACGUUUGUUCCUAGCAGCCCUAGUCUUUAGCCUAGUUGUUCGUGUGGAAUCUAUAUCCAACAGCCUUUGGAACCCGAUUGCUUGCCUGAAAGUUCAUACCCAGCGGCUCGUGGUCCUUUAGGUGUUGACGCUAAAAAAAGGGGAUGGGAGUCCAUUUGGAAGUGGUAACCUGGUUAAAUUCAAAAUUGCCCGAUUGUCCACUUGAGGGGGAGUGUUAGAGAGUAUCCACAUCGGAAAAGUGUGAAGAAAAUAAUCAGUAUAUAAGCUCUUGAGUUGAACUAAGUAAUUGAUUGGAUUCGAUCUUUUAAUGUGGUUUAGCUCAAAUGUCUUAUUGCCCAAUCCAGUUAUCCUAACCCCAUCUUAAAUUCUAUCAAGGUGCAAAGGGAGAAAUGGAUGGCACAAACAACAAUGGACUUCAAGGUCUGAUUUGACUCCUAAACAAGUCAUUGCUUUUGGAAUGGAGGUUUCAAGGGUGUAGUGGACACCACAGUGAUUGCUCAUAUCCUUUACCAAUAGUCUUCUUAGUCAAAAGAUCCUAAAACAAAUAGUGGCCUUGAAAAAAAAGUGACACAAGGUUUGCUCACAGAGACUAAAAGCACGGAGAAAUUAGGUAGACAUAAAACAUUUGACAAGGAGAGCAAAUGAUUUUGUUGUGUCUCACUCUUUCACCAAUGUCCUCCAUUUCAUAAGAGAUUGAUUGUUUGGUGUCGAGAAAAUAAAAAGUACAUGUUUUCAAUAUUAUGAAAUCUUACAAGUGAAUCACACAAAAAACCUAUAUACACAAGAAGGAAAAAGGGUGUCAAGUAUCAACUCUCUGAAAGAACUAACAAUCUAACAUCCUGAUUACUCGUGAUAUUUCUAGCUUGCUACCUUGAUAUGUCAUUACUUGCCACCCCAUUUUUUAUCUUUUGAGUUUUCAAAGUGUACAACUUAUUAAGUAAACUUUAAUUUGAAACCAAAUUCGAUUACUGCAGGUUUCUGAAGGCAUUGAUUUCUCUGAUGAGAUGGCUAGAGUGGUUGUAGCCUUUUUCUGUUUGCCCUUAUUGAUGUGCAUACCUUUUAUUCUUUACUUCUAGUGACGGUUAUAUUUGAUAAUGAUGUGUUCUUGUUUGGCUUUCUGUUAAUGAGGUUUCAAAAUUACAUCUCUGGCUCUCAGUAAAGCACAAGCUUAGUUAAAAUAGUAGAGUAGUACUGUAUAUACAUGCCAUUUUUGUUCAAAUGUUUGUUUAGUUGGCAUUUCAAUCAUGACUCGGGCUUCUUAAUUCUUAUUUCAGAUAGUUGUUGGGAUUCCCUUUCCAAACAUGUGAGAAACACAACAUAUUUUUCUUAUUUGUUUAUUUUGCUUGUGUUUAAUUUGUUGCACUCCUACUGUGGAUGAUCAGAAAUGAUAUUCGAGUUGCACUUAAGAAGAGGUUCAAUGAUUGCUAUAAGCACUCAAAAACCAUUCUUAGUGGUAGUGAUUGGUACUGUCAGCAAGCAUUUCGAGCUGUUAAUCAAGCUACAGGUCGCUGUAUUCGACAUAAAUUUGACUAUGGGGCCAUCAUUUUUUUAGAUGAGCGGUUCUGUGAGGCAAGAAAUAGGGCAUACAUUUCAAAGUGGUUGCGAAAUUCGAUUAAAGAAUAUGAAUGCCUUGAUGAUGCAUUGGACAGGUUGAAAUUCUUUUUCAGAGACAUCAAGGAACGUAAUGGGAGGUCAAUUGAUGCCACCACCCAAAGCUCUGUUGCUAAUCUUGUGGAUAAGCCUUCGUCAAGUAAGAUCCAAGUAGUGAGCCUUGGUAUUCAGAGUUUUAAGUCUACGAACGAAGAGAACUCUAAAGACAAUAGAAAACACAUUGAUCUGGAAUGUGAUUCUCCAAAUAGAUCCAGCCUUAGGUGCUCCAAAGAAGCACUGAUGGCAGCUUUCAGUAGUGACUCUGAAGAAUCAACUUUUUUUAAGAGAACUCCUAGGGCCAGUGGCACUGUUCAUUCAACUUCCUCCGAAUCUUUCUCCAAAGAAUAUUCCAAUUCAUCAUUCAUUCAAGCAUCUGUUGGAAAUAUAGACAACUCAGCAUGUCGUAAUACUACAUCCAUGCAAGAUCUAAAUUGUUUGACUAGCACCCCAGAAAAAUAUCUUUGUGCGUUGGGUAAUUGUAUAACUCCUGAGGUAGAAUCAUCUAUAAAUUCUAGUGUAAAUUCGCGUUCAGAGAAAAGAAAAAAACACUUCGAUUUAUCAUUCGUUUGCCAUUUUGAGGCAGACAAAGUUGAUUCUACAGAUUCCACCGCUCCAAUUGAUGAUUGCUCUGAGCCCUGGUUAAGAUCUCUCAAAGGUAAAAACAUGGGUAUUGAUAGUGAUUCAUUGAUCAGCACAUCGGAGGACUACAGAUCCAUGUUUCGUACCCUUGCCAUGGACAAUAAACUACAGCUUUUUUGCUCAAGUUGCAAAAGUGCAUUGGGUCUUCCUCAUAACAACUUCAUAGUUAAUUGUUCAAUGACUUCAUUAACAAAGGUUCACUUAAAAACACUUUGGCAGAGGAAACUUGAUCUUGAUUUGGGAGCAACAAGCAUCCCUAUUUUGAUUUCCGACAUUGGAUCAAUUGAUCAACAAAUCUACAAUAGAACUUGUGAAAGCAUUUCUGAUCAGGAGAUUUGGUGUAAGGAUGAUGGAUGUGUAUUCAAAACUGUCUUCUGCCCUUUCUGUGACAAGCCCACCAAUUGCCUUGGUGUACAAGUCACAGCUGCUGAUGCUUCAAAUAUCCAAUUUCUUAACAAGAUACUAUUUUUUUCAGAUUCCCUCUUGAUAAAGACCACGGAAGCAUCAAAAGCGGUAUUGUCGCCAUGCCCUGGCUCUAGCACCAGUGGGAAAGCUGGUCCUUGUUCCAUUGAGAAUUUCUCUUCCCCUCCAUAUAAUAAUCCGACAUGGUCGAGCACCACUGCGAAGACUGAUCCCAGUGCCACUGAGAGUUUCUCUUACACUCCUGAUAAUACAAAAGCAACAGGAUGGAGGACUACAAAGUCUAAGAUGCGGCUUCCAAAGAGAGGCCGGCUUUAAGUGCUUUGUACAUGCUAUGCGGGGCUGGAAAUACCGCCACCACGACAAUCGCUGUUGAUUCAAGCUCUUCCUAUGUUUAUCAUUCUUUUUUCCAAGCAAUGCAGGAUUCAGAUAUGCAACGCAUGUGCUAAUUUAGUUUCCUAUUGAAUAUUUGUUUACUUGCAUGGUUUCAUUCAUUAUUUGAUAAAAUGAUGUUUUUUACUUCUUUUUUGUACUCCUUUCGUUUUUAAAACUCUUCAUAUUUUGACUUUUUUAGUUGAAUAGUAAUACUUUUUUAUUACAAAUUGUGAGAAAAGUAUAUUGAAUUAUAAUAUAAAUUUAAUAUAAUC